AUGUCAAUCCUUGAGGCCCCCUCAAAGCGCCGAGUCCUUGUAGUUGGUGCCGGAGGAGUGGGGACAAUGGCCUGUGUUGCUCUUGAAAGAUCCGGAAAGGCUUCUGUCACAGCUGUCCUUCGCUCAAAUUAUGAAAAAGUGAUCAAAGAUGGAUUUGAAAUCGAAUCUGUGGAUCACGGAAAACUCUCUGCCUGGAGACCAAGUCAUGUUGUGAAUGUCGUUCCUGAAGCUGACUAUGCUAACCCAUUUGAUUAUGUGGUUGUCACAAUGAAGACUAUCCCGGAGAUUAACAAUAUUGCAAAAAUAAUCGCCCUCAGUGUGAUCCCCGGCCAUACCACAAUCGUUUUGAUGCAAAAUGGGUUGUAUAUCGAACCGCCAAUCAUUAAAGCAUUUCCAUCAAAUGUGGUCCUCUCUGGUACGAGCUAUAUUGGCGCUCAUGAGCACAACGGUCAUGUUAUACAUGAUGAUCCGGAUCGAUUUCAUAUAGGAGCAUAUCGCAAUACAAGCCUAGACGACAAUAUCGAGCGACAGAGACUGAAAGACUUUGUUGCCGUAUACAACGGUAGUAAGGUCGUCGAGGCCCAACCUGUGGAUAAUAUUAUGCAUUACCGCUGGCGCAAAAUAUUGUGGAAUGGUACCUUCAACCCUAUGUGUGCAAUUACGCAGCUUGAUAACGCUGCCAUCAGGCGUUUCGGAGGUGAAUACAGCUUAUUACGACCCGGUAUGCUUGAGAUGGCAGCAAUUGCGAAAGCAGAUGGCUUUGAUCUUGGUGAAAGUAUUGUGGAUGAGAUGAUUGAGGCCACUCCCCUUGAGCUAUGUUUCCGACCGAGCAUGCUGGUUGAUAUUGACAAAGGGAAUCCAGUCGAGGUCGAGGUAAUUCUAGGAAAUGCAUUAAGAGUUGCUCGAGCGAAAGGUGUUUCGACACCGAUCUUAGACAACACAUACCGUUUCUUGAAACUUAUACAGGCUCGACAGUUAGCUACCCGGGGCCAUAUUUCUGAGCCUACAGAGCUGCCCGCCACAACAUUUAUCUAG